AUGGAUUCCGCCACCCUCGCCCAUUUCCGCGACUCACAGCUCUACAAGGACUUGGAGCAAGGUCUCCGAAACCUCAUCCUGAGAAAGAUCAUUACGAACCGUAGUGCACCCAACUCCGCCGAAGACCCCAAGAUCCGAUUCUAUAUCUACGGCCUUCCCGAGCGUCACCGGUACGCAUGCUGGUGCACCGACAAUCCCAAGUGGGCGUGCAAGCGCGGGACGUCUUGCCCGCAGCAGCCCCGUGCCGUUCUUGGGGAGAACAUGUGUCUUGACGUCUGCGAGCGCAGACACAACAAUGGAUACCACUGUGACGACAGAGACUGCUUCAACCCACGAACUGAGGUGACGACCUACCUUCGCAUCAUCUUGAAGCCACGUCCAAGCUUCUCUCGACCGGCGUGGAGAGACCCAGUCGGCAGCCAGGUCGGAACCUUCAACAUUUCUCCCGCCAUGUACCACAAGUUUGUCGACGCGGUGUGCCUCCUGAUCGCCGAUCUACACGACCCCUUCACGGCUGGGAACAAAGAAUGGAACCCUCAUGUUCAUGGUAUCAUUGGAUGGUAUGGUCGACCUGUUAAGCGCAACGUCGACGAGUUGAUGCAUGAGACGAUCAAGGCUCAGACGGAGCGUCUUGAGAGGGAAUACAUGCAGGCGAAGAUUCGGGCGUACAAUGCCCAGUAA